UUCUCUUCCUCAGCCGCAUGAGUUAUAGAAAAAAAGGUCCCAGCUCGCUGCUGUAAGAGGCAAUCCGAAGCCCCGACAACUCUGACGAAGAAGAAAUCCUGAUCCAAGUUCCCCAAAAGUGGGGCAGCCGGCAACAAUAUCAAAGAGCGGCAGUGAUAGCAGCUAGGGUUAGGGUUAUAAAAUCCUAUUCAUAUCAAGUCGGGUCCUGAUCCGGGUCGAAUGCUGGGCGAGUUGGUUAAUUGGGGCUGUUGGGUUAAGUCUGGGUUGGGCCUUGUAAUUUAGUAGCCUGAAAAAUUUUGUACAUUUGUAUUAAAAUAAUAAUAAAAAAUAAUAGUAAUAAUAAUAAUAAUAAAAAUAAUAAAGUUAAAUAAAAAAGAUCGAGACAAAAACGGGUAUCUACAAAACUAAUUUAUCUACUAUGUAUAUAUUAUUGUGGGGCUUACUUAAAUGUUAGCAUUCUAUGUGAUUAUUGUAUUACUGGUAGGGAGUGCAUUGUUUAUUUUUUAACCGGAAAAGUGUCCCUCCAUGUGCAUGCUACCAGCUAACAUAAUAUUUUUUUUGUUCUUAAAAUGCAGAUGAACAAGGACAAGGAGUACCACAUAAAUUUAUAUUUUGGUGGGAAAUUUGUCCGAGACCCUUAUGUGAGGUAUGUAGGUGAUGAGUUGAUUAGGUUAAGAGAGGAUCUACAUACAAUUUCUUACUUUGAAGUUUGUAAAAUUAUUUAGGAUGCUUUACAUUUCAAUAGUAUCCAAAUAAUAUACUUUCACGAACCCUUUAGUGGCAGUUUUCAAGAUAAUAUGAGGGUGCUUUGGGAUGAUACAAUUACAAUUACCAUGUUGAACUAUUGGGUGAAAUAUAGGUUUAUAGAUAUAUAUGUUGAACAUGAAGUAGACACCCCUGUUAUUGUUGAUGACAUCUUGCUAAUAAUUGUUGGUGAGGGUAAUGAUAAGGGUGAAUAUGUUGCUGAGAUACAUGUUGAUGAAGGAGAAGGUGGUGGAGAUAGUGUUGUUGGAGAUGUUGUUGAGGGUGUUGAUGUUGCUGCUGGAGAGGGUAAUGAUAUGGGUGUGGGUGUUAGUGAUUGUGCUGCUGAAAAGGUGGCUGAAGGAGAGGGUGUUGCUGAAAGAGCUGUUGUUCGAGAGGCUGAUGAUGUAGGAGGUGUUCGUGAUUGUGCUGCUGAAAGGGUUGCUGAAGGAGAGGGUACUGCUGUUGGUGAGGCUAAUGAUGUAGGGGAAGGUGUUACUGAUUUUGCUGGUGAAAGUGUUGUUGAAGAUGUAGGAGAAAGUGACAAUACUACUACUGCAACUAAGGGUGUUUAAAUCCGGGUACUCAAUUUUUAGGUACCCGAAGUUUCAGGUAUUUAAUUUUUUGACCCGUGUCCUGACCCGAAUGUUGCAGGUACCCGGAUUUGACAGGUACCCGUAAUUCGGGUAAUCAGGUACCCAGAUCUUUUUUUUUUCUACCAAUAAUCUAA